GCUUAAAGCGUUCCCUCUCUUCUCUUAUCCUCUAUAUCUCUCCCUUAGCCCAACCAACACAUGUUACACAUCGAAUGCCAAAAGAAAAGCCCAUAUAUACAACAAUCUAUAGAGGGGAAAGAGACAUAUACUCAUCCCAGCUAAUAGAAAUUAAAGGGGGGGAAAGAUAAAAGGGAACAUUUUGUUUCAUUUCAUUCAUUCUAGUGAGAGAGAGAAAGAGAGAGAAACAUAAGAAGACCCACAAAGAAUUAAAUAUAGUGUCUGUCACUAUUUUCUCAUAGAAAGAACUUGGCCUAGAGAGAAAAAGAAGACAAAGAGAAAGGUUUUUUAGAGCAAGUUUUUAGUCAUUACUUGUUGUGAUCAUGGAUGGAGGAGGUGAUGAUCACCAUCUCCACCAACACCACCAACACCAUCACCACCAUCGCCCUAUUGCUACUUUCCCAUUCCAAUUACUUGAGAAAAAAGAAGAUGAAGCUUGCUCUAGUUCAUCCAACGCUGCUGCAGCCUAUACUUCUCUUGCUAUUUCCAACACAGAUAAUACUCAUACAAACCCUAAUAAUACACCUCGAUCAACUACAUCAUCAGUUUCCACUCUCCAAAUCUCAGCUUCUGGCGCCGAUUCAUCUAAAAAGCCGCCCCCAAAACGAACCUCCACCAAAGACCGCCACACUAAGGUAGAUGGUCGGGGCAGACGUAUCCGCAUGCCUGCGCUUUGUGCCGCUAGGGUUUUUCAGCUCACCCGCGAGCUAGGUCACAAGUCCGACGGCGAAACCAUAGAGUGGCUACUGCAACAAGCGGAACCAGCAGUAAUAGCCGCAACAGGAACCGGUACAAUUCCCGCAAACUUUACGUCGCUUAAUAUUUCUUUACGUAGCUCAGGAUCCAGCAUGUCCAUACCAUCACAGCUACGAUCCUCGUAUUUCAGUCCAAAUUUUUCGCUUUCUCAACGACGAGGGUUAUUUCCGGGAAUUGGAUUGUCGUCCGACAAUUCAGCUACUACGUUGUUGAACUUUCAAACAAAUUUAAACCCUAGUAUGCAGUUGCAAACGAAGAAUGAAUUGCGUGACAAUUCGAUUGAUUUAACGGAGACAAGUCAGGAGGACAAUUUAAAUAGGAAACGAAGGUCGGAUUUAGACUUGGAGCAGCAACAUCAGCAGCAAAUGGGAAGUUAUUUGUUACAAUCAAGUACUGGGACUAUGCCAACGAGCCACUCUUCAAUUCCGGCUAAUUUUUGGAUGGUAACGAAUCCAAUUCCUAGUAACCAAGUCAUGGGAGGCGAUCCAAUAUGGCCGUUUCAAUCAGUAAGCAAUUCUGGUGCUGCUGCUGCAGCUUUGUAUAGAGGCACAAUGCCAAGUGGUUUGCAAUUUAUGAAUUUUCCAACCCCCGUGGCGCUUUUGCCUAGUCAACAACUCGGUGGCAGUAGUGGUGGCGGCGGCGGCGGCAGCAAUAAUGGGUUGGGAGAAGGGCAACUUGGCAUGUUUGCUGGUCUAAAUUCGUAUAGGCCAGGUGGCGGUGUAUCGGAAUCUCAGGCGAGUGGGUCACACUCGCAUCACGGCGGUGGCACCGAUGAUCGGCAUGAUACGACGAGCCACCAUUCAUAGCUGUAGGCUGCAGAUUGAUCAUCAAAAUCAAAUUCAUCCAUUCUUUCUUAACUUGUGUUUUAUAUGUUUGGAUGAUUAAACACACACGUGAGAGGUUUGAUUAUUUGCUCGGAAAUUCCUUAUAUGUUUUUUCUUCUUAUUCUACUUCCUCUUUUUUAUUAUUAUUUUUUUGUUGUUGAAUUUUCCUUGAACAUUCUUUUUCUUUCUUCACCUUUUUUUUGUGUGAUUAAUUUGCCUUCGAGUUUGAAGAGGGCAACAGUUUAACAAAGGGAGAUGAGAAUUUGGUUUGUUCUGUCAAAAAUCUCUGAAUUGUUUUUCAAUUAUAGAAUAGAUUGUUAUUCAUCA